CGGCCCCCUUCCCCGGCGCGGCGAGGGCGAGGGGUUUCCCGGGCCCGCCCGCCACUGCAAAACGCCCGGACUCCCCCCCGGACUGGGGCAGGGCAGGGAGGCUCCGGCAGAGAACUUCACCUUCGCUGGACCCGAGUUGCAUAAUUCACGGAGGAAAAGAAAACCUUUUCCUCGGCAGGCUGCAGAGCUCUCUUCAUCCUCCACUCUCUGACAAGAACCGCCGAGCUCCUAGCAUGAUGCAAACUGACUGCAAGAACAGAUCCUUCAGGAACCUGCCUACGUGGAUGGUUUAUGGCCUCCUGGCAUUCUGGAGCCCUCCGGUUUCUAGCAGUCCCACUUACAAAUGGCAAGAUCCCAUUACCAACUAUGAACUCGUAUGCCAGCAGUGCCCGCCGGGGACGUUUGUGGCACAGCACUGCACCCAGGAUAUGCCAACCCGCUGCGAGAGCUGCCCCAGCCUCUACUAUACCCAGUAUUGGAACUACCUCGAUGAAUGUCUGUAUUGCAACACUAUCUGUAACAGUCGGGAAGAGGAGGUGCGACCGUGCAACGCCACGCACGACCGGGCGUGCCACUGCAAGGCUGGCUAUUACUUCGACCCCGUCUCUGAUUUCUGCCUGCCGCACUCUACCUGUCCUCUUGGGAGUGGAGUCGCUCAACCUGGCACCCCUCAUGAAGACGCUAAAUGUGCCGAAAGUGCCUCCUGGGACCUUUCACCAAUUGCAGCUCGGCUCUGCCAGCUACACACAGACUGCGUUUCUGCACUCGGCCUGGAGCUCAACGUUCCCGGGAACCAGUUUCACGAUGCCCUCUGCACAGCUUGCAAACUCAACCAAACCAACGGCACCCUGGAAAGGCCGGCAGAAGGCCCCGGUAGGAAAAUGCAGCUAGUGUGUCCGGCUACAGAAGGGUUCCCCAAAGGGAAUUCGGAUUGCGAACAGGCGUAUAUCAACCGCAUGGUUUUUAAGAUCACCUCGUUGAAGAAACUGCGGCUUUUGAAGCGAAUGCUAGAGCAGGGGUCCCUGCCAAAGGAGGGCCAGUAUAACCAAAUGCAGCUCCAGGCAGAGAUCUACUCCGACCUCGCCAGGAUCCGGAACACGCCCUCGGAAGCAUCUGUGACCAAACACCUCCUGGCGGUUUUCCAAAAGCGCCCUCUCCAUCGCUCGAAGUUUCUGCUCUUGAAGCGUUCCCCUUGCAACCGGAGACAUCGGAUUUGAGCUCUCGCAGAAGACGCGCGACCGCUUUGGAUCCCUUUGCCUUGCGUAACUUCCUCUCUGGUCAGGAACAGAAAUUUGACUUCUGAAAAUGGGUCGUAAUGCUGACUUCACAGCAAGCCGGGCCACAGUUUAAGAUUAGCAACAGCUCCUGUUUUCUUCUUUCCCAUUUGCAAUCUUGCUUUUUUUUAUUUACCACAGACCGAUUGAGGCAAAGACAACGCAUUCCUAAACAGUCAGUCCAAAUUCGAUUUUCCAAAAAAUUUGAAUUGUGUGAUCUGUAUGGAUCGGCCACCUUUUUAGCACAGUUUGUUUUGUUGUUUUUCAUAAUUUGUAGCUUUGGGUGGAGGGUAUAGUGGUAAGUGUGCCUGGCUUGAGCUAGAUUUGUACCCCCACUUGUCCAUGUUUUUUCCCCCCGCUUGUCCGUGACAAGCUGCCCUUUGACUUUUGGCCAGUUGCUCUCUGUCACCCUAAUCUACCUCACAGGGUUGUUGUGAGUUUACAGUGGAAAAGGAGAGGCACACGUUUGGCCCCUGAGAAGGAAGAGAAGACGAAUGUGCUAGACAGAAUGAGCCAGGAGACUAACGGCCCCUACCCCCCCAAUUCACACUUUUCUUUGAUUUUCAGAACAUCGGAAAGGAAGUAUAGAAUACUAUUUUUAACUAAUAAAGACCUCAAAUAUAGCAAGGAACUCGCUAUUUGAUUUCAAAUGGACACUGAGCUCUCUAGAUAAGAAGAGGCUAAUCCCAUAGAACAGUGUGUACCUUUUCUGAGCUCAGGUGGAAUCGCCACAAGUCCGGACGACCCUGAUGAAAGCAUAUCAGUGUUGUGAUGGCUAGGGGAGCGUUAAAACAUCAUGAUCACACCUCCCUUCAGUGUGAUAUAUUUACACACCCAUUUCCAGCAGAUCUAGGGAAUUGCUCUCAAAUAGCAGAAUAGUUGAGUGGAUCGCAUUGAAAACUGUCUUCUCACUGAGUGGAUUUCAGGCCGUUGUCAUUUCAGUUUGGAGUGGAAACUGUUACCGCUUAAGUAUUUAGUUAUGGUUUCUGGGGUGUGCACUUAGUUUAUCAAAGCAAAUACUAGCAGAAAGGCAAUGUAUUGUCGAAGGCUUUCACAGCUGGAUUCAACUGGUGGUUGUGGGUUUUCCGGGCUGGUAGAUCUUGUGUCACACAGUGUGUCACAGACUUCCCUCUGUGAUACACCUCUGAAGAUGCCAGCCACAGGUGCAGGCGAAACGUUAGGAACAAGAUCCACCAGACCACGGCCACACAGCCUGGAAAAUCCACCACAACUAGCAGAAGGGCAUUAGGGUGUGAAAUCCAUUGUUACUUUUAGAUGUUUACUUCAAUUAUUGUGAGCCUUUCUCAUGGAGAUGUAAAGAUUACAUGACUAAAGAAGCUAUCGGAACGGUAUAAAUACAUGCAACAAACUACGCACUGAAAACUGGAUUACAGAAUUGGAGAAAAAUGUAUUCACACAGUAUUAUGUGAACAAUGCAGUUGAAACACAGUAUUAUAUGAACCUUGCAAGGUUCUGCUUAUGUCACAAAUAUCUCUGUUCCCCUUCUUAAAAAUGCCGUCCUGAACCAUUUUGUUUUAUACAUUCAGUGAAAACCAUGGAAACUGUUACGUGUAGUUUGCAUACAAAAUAAAGAGAGAUCCCACACUUCA